CUGUGACGUCAGGGCGGAUUCAAAGGUUCAACCAGAUUUGUUUCCAUCGGUUGUUCAGGAAGAAGCAGCGGCCUUCAGCUCACCUGAGCAGGUAGAUUUGUCUGAGCUUCUUCAGCACAACUGACGGCCAUGUCAGCCCCAGCACCUCAGGGUGGGAAGCUGCAGCAGUUGGAUAUUCUCGACCCACAGUUCCAGCAGCAGCUGGAGAAUGCUCGGGCGCAGGUCAGACAGGAGAUCCAGCUUGAGCUGAAGAUCAAGGAGGCGGCAGAGAGGAUGAGACGGGCCCACUCUAGCCGGAGGGGCGCCGCCGACGUGGAGGGGGAGGUGAAGGCGUCCAACAGGAAACUGGAGCAGUUACACUGGCAGCUUCAGGAGCUCAAUGCCAUGUCCAUGGCUACGGAGAAGGAUGACCACACAGCGGCUGUCCCACAGGAGGAAGAGAAACAGUCGUCAGAGUCGUGUCAGUGGGAGGAAGUGACAUCACCCCUGGCCAGCCGGGUCAGAACUCUGAAGAAACAGCUGACGAUGGAGACCAAAGUAAAACAGGGUGCUGAGAACAUGAUUCUGACCUACAGCAGCAGCUCCUUUAAGGACAGGAAGAUGCUCGCCACGGCCCAGCAGAUGUUACAGGACAGUCGGACAAAGAUCGAGCUGCUGAGGAUGCAGAUCAUUAAAGUCAGUCAGGCCAGAGACGGAGGCGGUUCGCUCGGUCCCAAAGAGGAGAUCAUCAGUCCUCUGGAGCUGCGUGUUGCUGAGCUCAUGCACCGCAUGAAGAUCGAGUCAGCUGUAGCCGAAGGAGCCAGGAACGUGGUGAAGCAGCUGAGCGAUCGGAAGAACCAGGAACGCCGAGUACUGACCGAGGCUCAUGCUCGGAUGCAGGAGUCAUCUCAGAAGGCAGAUCUCCUGCGUCUGUCCUUGGAGAGAUGUCUGAGCGAGCUUCCUCAGGAUCAUCCCACGCGUGCUUCCAUCAAAGAGACUCUGGUUUCAGGAAUCUCACCAUCCUACGGGACGCCGAAGAAACAAUCAGGGACUCCGUCGUCUUCUUCCUCCUUCUCGUCCUCCUUCUUCAGACCGGCCAGUCUAACAGGUUGGUUGGAGGUUUGUCUGAUGGGGUGUCAGGACCUGCUGGACUCCGUUCCAGGACGCAGCGUCUCCGCCUUCUCCGGAAACUACGCUGAUGGAAAGUCGAUGAAGGUGAAAAGUUCAGGACGGAGCGCCAACGGGAAGACGGGCAAGCCGGAUGAUCUGUCCUCUGAGGUCAGCGCCGUUCUGAAGGUGGACAACAGGAUCGUGGGUCGGACUCACUGGAAGCCUCUGGGAAAAGAGGCCUGGGGUCAGAGCUUCAGCACCGAGUUGGAGCGGUCCAGGGAGCUGGAAAUUGCCGUUUACUGGAGAGACUGGCGGGCUUUGAGCGGGGUGAAGUUCCUGCGGCUCGAGGACUUCCUGGACAACCAGAGACAUGGACUGUGUUUGGAGUUGGAGCCUCAAGGAAUCCUCUUCAUCGAGGUAACAUUCAUCAAUCCCGUUAUUGAGCGUCCGUCUAAACUCCAGAGGCAGAGGAGGAUUUUCCCAAAGGAAAAAGGGAAGAACUUCCUUCGUGCAGCUCAGAUGAACAUGAACUUUGCUACGUGGGGCCGUCUGAUGAUGAGCUUCCUGCCUCCCUGCAACUCCCUGGAUCCGAUGAGUCCUCCGCUUCCGGCUUCGAACUCGGCCUCCACAUCUUCCAGCAGUUCUCCGGCACGAGAACCUGUAGCAUCCAGGCUGAACUUUUCUGAGGAACCAGUCGGCAGAUCUCCACGUCCCUCAAUGAAAGAGUUGAAAGAUGCCCCACAGUCUCCUAAUUGGAAAAGCAGCCUGAAACCCAGAAGACAACCAUCAGCUCGUCCUCAUCCACAGAAUGAGGAGCUGAAGAUGGAGGACUUCCAGUGCAUAUCCGUACUCGGAAGAGGUCACUUUGGGAAGGUUCUGCUGGCUGAGUAUAAGAAGUCUGGGAAAAUGUACGCCAUCAAAGCGCUGAAGAAAGGUGACGUCGUAACACGGGAUGAAGUCGACAGCCUCAUGUGUGAAAAACGGAUAUUUGAAGUGAUAAACUCGGGUCGUCAUCCGUUCCUGGUAAACCUGCAUGGCUGCUUCCAGACUGCAGAUCAUGUGUGCUUCGUGAUGGCCUACUCUGCAGGAGGAGACCUCAUGAAGCACAUCCACACCAGCAUCUUCUCUGCAAAACAAACCCUAUUUUACUCUUCAUGUGUUCUGCUUGGUCUGGAGUUCCUCCAUCAGAACAAAAUUGUUUACAGGGAUCUGAAACUGGACAACCUGUUAAUGGAUGCUGAUGGAUACGUCAGGAUUGCAGAUUUUGGUUUGUGCAAAGAAGGAAUGGGCCAUGGGGACCGGACCAGCACCUUUUGUGGCACUCCGGAGUUUCUGGCUCCGGAGGUUCUGACAGACAACAGCUACACCCGCAGUGUGGACUGGUGGGAACUGGGAGUCCUCAUCUAUGAGAUGCUGCUGGGGGAGUCUCCCUUCCCAGGUGAUGAUGAGGAGGAAGUGUUUGACAGCAUUGUUAAUGAAGAGGUGCGGUACCCUCGCUCCCUCUCCCCACAGUCAGCAUCUCUCAUUCAGAAGCUGCUGCAGAAAAAUCCAGAUCUAAGACUGGGAUCAGGAGAGGAGGACGCCUCCGAGAUCAAACGACACAAAUUCUUUCAGGGAAUGGACUGGGACGCCCUCCUGGCAAAGAAACUAAAGCCCCCCUUCGUGCCAUCGAUCACUGCUACGCAGGACGUCAGUAACUUUGAUGAAGAGUUCACUCGUCUGAAACCGGUUCUGACGCUGCCUCGGACCCCGUGCGUCGUCACGGCUGAGCAGCAGGAAAUCUUUAACGACUUUGACUUCUCCCUUAUCAGCUGACCAGUUGGACUGGUCCCAGCGGGUCUGCUGACAGUUUUAAGCGUGUUUGUCGUGGAUGAAUGCAGAACUUUCAGUCUAAACUGUAAAUAUCUCUGAAGGCCAAAAACACUGAAUGUCUCUUUCUAUGGGAUUAUUUUAAAUUAUUCUGCAGAAAUGUGGAUGUGAUGAAGAUGAUGAUGAUGUGUGAAACCAACCAGCCUGUGUUUAAAGGGACAAACCAUGAAUAAAAGCUGGACUCCAA